CGAUUCCUCGUGCGUCCCCCGACUUCCCGCGGUCCGGCCAAUCGCAUCCACCCCUGGGCAUUUAGUGCAACGGAGCCCCGACGGGCCGGGCCAGGGGGUAGGGGGGCUGCCGGGCUGCAGCAGUUGUCAUUGUUCUCCCUCCCCCUUCCCCAGUGGCGUGUCGAGGGGAGCAGUGCUUGUUGGAAGAGGGGUCUUUUCCCUGGGAGUCCUCUCAACCGUGCUUCGCUGUCUCGUGAUGACUUUCGCAAAUUCCUCUUGAUCCAAGACAUGAUUUUGUUCCCGUGACGAAUCCAAGUUCCUGAAUACGACGAUCCCGGAGCGAACUUCCGAUUAAUUUAAAUCCCCGCCAGUUCGAGGAAAAAUCAACAUCGGUUUGGAGAAGAGAGAGAGAGAGUGAAAGAUGCUCGCGGCAUUCGCUGGGAUUGCACAUUAUGCGAAGUUCACAGUAUCUCCCAGGGCAGAUACUUUCGUCUUCCGUCUUCAUUAUCGCUUCACCGUCACCAUCCUCCUUGCUGCUUCCAUCAUCGUCUGCUCCUACCAAUUCGUCGGGAAGCCGAUCCAAUGCAUCUACGGUGGGAAGAUCCCACAAGGCGUGAUCGACACGUAUUGCUGGAUCUCGAGCACAUUUUCCCUUCCUCAGUACUGGAGGGGUAAAGUCGAUCGAAAUGUGCCCUACCCCGGCCUGGGACCCGUGACACCCGGAGAUGAGAUCACCUUCCAUGCCUACUACCAAUGGGUACCCUUCGUCCUUUUCCUCCAGGCCAUUCUCUUCUACAUACCCCAUUACAUGUGGAGGAGUUGGGACAACAAUAAGAUGAAAGUCCUAGCGACGGGGAUGAAGUCCCUCGAUUUGGCCAUGAAGGUGGAAGAGAGGCUGAAGAAGGAGAAGACUCUCACCAGUUACUUCCUCCAGCACCUCCAUUCUCACAAUGCCUGGGCGAUCAAGUUCGUCCUCUGCGAAUUCCUCACCUUCGUCAACGUGAUUGGGAACAUCUUCUUCACGGAUCGGUUCCUCGGGCAUCAGUUCACCACGUACGGCUUGGAUGCCGUCAGUUAUCUUCGCGAUCGACCGGAGAAUCGUACUGAUCCUCUCACCGAAGUCUUCCCCAAGAUAACGAAGUGCACGUUCCACACGUUUGGACCGUCGGGGACGAUUCAGAAGCACGACUCCUUGUGCGUUCUUGCACUGAACAUCGCCAACGAGAAAAUCUACGUCUUCCUGUGGUUCUGGUUCCUCAUUCUGGCCAUCCUCACUGGUCUCCAGCUCCUAUUCCGGAUCGGAACGAUCUGGAGCGGGAAUUUGCGACAGUACCUCCUUCGCCGCAAGGCCAAAACCAUCCCCAUGCGACGAGUUGCUGCUAUCAACGAGAAGUGCCAGUUCGGCGACUGGUUCCUUCUCUACCAGCUUGGCAAGAACUUCAAAUCCUUCGUGUAUGCAGAGUUGGUGGAUGAUCUGGCCUCUGUCAUGGACAGGGGUCCUAGUGAUCCAAAAAGCCUGGAACUUCUUCCCUUGAAUCCAAGUGCACCAGAGCCUGAAUACUCCCUCGAGAAAGCACCCAAGGAUGACAAGUCCUAUUAAAGUCAUUCUGCGUCUCUCUGAUCAUGAAAAAAAUCCUUAGUCAUUUCACGAGAUAGUGAGAUUUGGGAUCUCAAUUGAGCCUUUUCUCGUUCCUCCACUGAGUCCGAUAUUUUCUCCCGUCUUUCGUUCGCUUUUGAUUCGCAGGCUUCGAACACGCCUCUGACGGGAAUUUCCUGAGUUACUUAUUUAAAUCUUCCCCUUCCCCCUAUUCCCCUCUGUAACGAUUUAGAUUUGAUUUUGACUUUCUGAGACUUUAAGCAACCUCUGUUCUGAAAGAGGCGAUUGUGAUUCGAAGACGAGAGACACACACGCAUCCAGUUGGUGGGAAGAGCCCUGGUCGAAAUACUUGUUUAUACAGCCACGUCGGCGUGUGAUGUUGUCGUGAUGCAUGAACUCCCAAGGGUACAGUUCUUUCUAUUUUUCUUUCCUCGUAGCCAUCGACGCAGCUGUGUUCAAGUCACACGUGCCCGUCAUUCAUUCUGGGUUCAUGUGUUUGUAAAGAAAAAUGUCCGCCUUCUGCUUGGUCUGCUUUUCGAUAUUCCAGGCAAUGCAAAUUUGUCUCAGAAUAAAGCCAGA